AUGAUGAAUAUGAUUUUCAUUAUUGCGUUGGUGGAAGGAAUCUGUGCACUUCCUUUCAACCUGAUCGUUCUUAUUACAACUUUAAAAAGCAGAGUCCUAAGACAGCCUGUUGCACAUAUUCUUGUCGCUAAUAUUAGUGUAGGAGGCCUGUUGAUCUCAUUCUACAUGAUCAUCAUUACAUCAACGAGACAAAGCAUGUCGGCUGAAAACUAUUACAGCAUGUACCUACCUUACUACUGCAGGAUCGUUGGUGUUCUUUUCCUAAUUGGACAGGUGACAAGCCCUUUGAUGUCGUUUGUAAUGACAUUAGAAAGACAUUUAGCUGUUGUAUACUGCAUGAGACCACAUAUCAGGAUCACCAGAAGAAUGUCCUACGUUGCCAUGGUUAUAGUCUGGAGUUUAUCUUUGUCUCUGGCAGUAAGUUUCAUGACGUCACCACAAUUCUCUGUAGAAACAGACACGAUGUGUCUCCCGUAUAUUAACAUUGACAAUCAAGAAGUUCUGACUUACGUAGGAUGUGGUGGAGUCGUGUUAUACGUCAUCUCCAUGGCCUUAUAUGGUCACAUGUAUUUGGAUUUCCAAAAGACCAACCAGAAGACCGUACAGUUACAAAGAGAAAAUAGUUUGGCUCGCAGGAUUGCACUUAUCAUGUUCACCAAUGUUCUUUUCUUUAUCCUUCCAUUAGCCGUGAUCGCAGCCGUUAACAUAUUCCAGGAACACAUAUCCAAUGAAACUCUUCACAUAUUUUGGAAAACUUUCGGCUUGAGUUUUUUGGGUAUCAAUCCUUGCAUCAAUCCUGUUUUAUUCUCGUUUAGGAAUGAGAAACUUCGCAAUGAGUUUUGGAAAUUCUGUAGACUUCUUCGUGGGUCUGUUGCUCAUCAGCCUUGA